AUGGCAGGUGCUGGUGAGCGCAAAGGCAAGAAGGAUGACAAUGGCAUCGGCACAGCCAUCGAUUUUGUGCUCUCUAAUGCCCGGCUGGUGCUGGGAGUGGGCGGAGCAGCCAUGCUGGGCAUCGCUACACUGGCAGUGAAACGGAUGUAUGACCGGGCUAUCAGUGCCCCAACCAGCCCCACCCGCCUCGGCCCUUCAGGGAAAAGGAGCUGGGAAGAACCAAACUGGAUGGGCUCCCCCCGAUCGCUAAACAAGGACAUGAAGACGGGCAUGAGCCGGUCCUUGCAGACCCUUCCCACAGACUCCUCAGCCUUUGACACAGAUACAUUCUGCCCACCCCGGCCCAAGCCACUGGCCAGAAAGGGCGAGGUAGACUUGAAGAAGUCACGCCUCCGCAUGUCCCUGCAGGAGAAACUUCUCACUUACUACCGGAAGCGGGCAGCCAUCCCUGUUGGUGAGCAGGCUCGGGCCAAGCAAGCUGCUGUGGACAUAUGCGCCGAGCUCCGGAGCUUCCUGCGGGCGAAGCUGCCUGACAUGCCACUUCGGGACAUGUACUUGAGUGGCAGCCUCUAUGAUGAGCUGCAGGUGGUGACAGCUGACCACAUCCAACUCAUCGUGCCCCUCGUGCUGGAACAAAACCUGUGGUCGUGUAUCCCCGGAGAGGACACCAUCAUGAAUGUCCCUGGCUUCUUUCUGGUUCGUCGUGAGAACCCGGAGUAUUUUCCACGUGGCAGCAGUUACUGGGACCGUUGUGUAGUAGGUGGCUACCUCUCCCCAAAGACAGUGGCAGACGCAUUUGAGAAAGUGGUGGCUGGCUCCAUCAAUUGGCCGGCCAUAGGGUCCCUCUUGGACUAUGUGAUCCGGCCCGCCCCAUCCCCAGAAGCCCUGACUCUGGAAGUGCAGUAUGAGCGGGACAAGCAUCUUAUCAUUGACUUCCUGCCUUCGGUAACCCUUGGCGACACUGUGUUGGUGGCCAGACCACAUCGGCUAGCCCAGUAUGACAACUUGUGGCGGCUGAGCCUACGUCCUGCUGAGACAGCACGCCUGCGGGCUUUGGACCAGGCUGACUCGGGCUGUCGAUGCCUGUGCCUCAAGAUCCUUAAGGCCAUAUGCAAGUCCACUCCUGCUCUGGGCCACCUCACUGCCAGCCAGCUCACCAAUGUCAUCCUCCACUUGGCCCAGGAGGAGGCUGACUGGUCUCCAGACAUGUUGGCUGACCGGUUCCUGCAGGCCUUGAGGGGACUCAUUAGCUAUCUAGAGGCUGGAGUCUUGCCCAGUGCCCUGAACCCCAAGGUGAACUUAUUUGCAGAGCUCACCCCUGAAGAAAUAGAUGAAUUAGGAUAUACUCUUUAUUGCUCGUUGUCUGAGCCAGAGGUGCUGCUGCAGACGUAGGGCUGGUGAAGGCCAGAGUGGGUGUCAGGUGUCCACCCUGGAUUCUCCAUUAGGAACAUUUGGCUACAUAGUUGGUGCCUCACAGGGUCCCUAGGUGCCUCCUGUCUUGCUGGCCACGUCAUGCUGAUUAGAGUGACAUCUCUAUCUUGUUUUCUCUCCAGCCCUUUUGAUUUUUGUCACCACACACUGUUGUUCACUGCCCCCCACCCCUCACCUAUGAAAUGAAUUGGAAAAGUAGCACACUGGCUGUUGAGAACACUCAGUGUUUUGCUUUUUGACCCAGGUUCUCUGCCUCUGUCGACCUGCCCUUUAACCUGUUCCUUUGCAGUGUCUCUUCUUUCUUCCCCUCUUGUCCGUGCCUUCUCUUUCACUCGUUUCCCUGGAGCAUGUCUGCCUAAUCAAGAUGUUGCCUUUUAGUUGAAUAUCACAGAAGAGUCAGGAUUGCAUGUUUCCAAGCUGCUAUCUGCAAAGUGUGUGCUCAGACAGUAUUUAGUGUUUCUGGGGGGAAAGCUGGCAGAAGAGCUAUCCUUUGAUCUAGGCCCGUUCCUCUCACCACCUGACCAACUCAUAUUCGUAAGUGCUAAGACAGUUUCUCAUGGGAACACUGUUGCCCUCUACUCAGGAAGGCUCGAGAUAAACUAGAUGCAAAGUGA